UCUGUCGGUUUCUGUUGUGGUUUCUGUUUAGCAAGAAUCCUUACGUCUUUUUCAGCAUUUCUGUAGCUAAGGGCCGACUUUCUGAGAUUGUAACGUUGGCUUGAGUCCGCAGUUAGUGCGUGGUCACGAUAACGCCUCCGCCGCCUCCGCUUCAGACUUUUUUUUGUUCCGAAUAACUGUUUAUUUACAGCGCAGCGGAAGUGUCAACUGUGUCGUCAAGCUGCGGCAAGAUAUCUCUCUCUUGUAGGCUCGUAUUGCGUUGGUGACUGCAGCUACUGCAGUCCUGCGGACGGCAGUUCGAGCGAUUCCUCACGCUCAUUUCAAGGCUGGGGCUCAACAGGAGACAUGGAUUUCAUUUCUAACAUCUGGAAGAACACGACGAAAGGAGCCGAACCGCAAGCGAAGGCUCCGGAGUCGACCGAGGCUGGCGAUGCGCCCGACAGCAAACCCACCAACGAAGCUGCUUCUAAUGAGCCGCAAGCACCGUCCAAGGAAAGCGGUGGUGGGGGAAGCGACUCGGGCUCGACAUCGGGGCCCGACACAGACGCUCCUCCGACGCCAGAAACACCGAAACCAUCGGCCAAUGCUGCGCCUUCGAACGACAAGGGAUCCCUGGGUGCGGGCAUCUCUAUUCCGCUCGAAAAUGUGUCACAAAAGGCGAUGGAGUCGGCGAAGUCGUUCGGAAGUUUCCUCUAUUCCGUGGCGAACAAGGCUGGAAAAACUGUGCAGGAGACGGCCAAGCAAAUCAAAACAACAGUCGAGGAAAAUAGCAUUCUAGCAGAUUUUAACCGUGAACAGGAGACCUUUGUUAAGGGCAAGCAGAGGUGCGACGCCGGGAUCUUACCCUGGGUUGGAUGCGAAGACGAAGAAAAUGUGAAGCAGCAAAUACUGUCCCUCUCGGCUGACAAAAGAAACUUUGUGCGAAGUCCACCAGUUGGUAUUAUGUUCGAGUUUGACAUGGACACCAUGUCGCCAGUAGCCAUGGCCUUGCUUCAAGAGGACAGCGACCUUGAGAAAAUGAGGUUCGAGCUUGUCCCAAAAUGGAUUCCUGAAACUGACUUUUGGAGGAACUAUUUUUACCGUGUCUCGCUCAUCAAGCAGUCGACGCAGCUAAGUGCACUCGGUCACGGCAAAGGUGCUGGGAGCAGCAGCAGUGGCGACACCUCGUCAGUCUCUUCACAGCAGAGUCCAUCAGACGAAAGCAACAAACAGAAUUUGGCGGCCGGAGACGAUGACGAAGCGCUGGACAGCCCAACCCAUGAAUUUGUGUCUGACACCUUCCAAGGCACAAAGAUUUCUGAGGAGGAAGUUAAGCUGGGCAUGAAACAACUUGGCAUGGGAGACAAAGCAGCGGCAGAGGACGACUGGGAGAAGGAGCUUCAGCAAGAGCUGCAGGACUUCGAAGUGGUGGCAACCAAUUCGGCCGCACAGGGCGAUGAUCCUGAGUGGGAGAACGAAAUACAGGAGAUGCUGGCGGCCCACAAAUAGAGUCGCCGCAUGCUGCCUUCUUCCUCCAACCACAUUUUAUCCGGGAAACGCAUUCUGGGCCACAGCCGCUACGGCCCCUCCACCAAACGGCACAAGGGCGGGUAAUUCAGGGUGCCCCAACUGUCUGCUGCUACGCUAGUCUCAUUUAUGUUGUGCGCGCAUCUUUUAAGCUUGUGAGUGUGUGUGUAUGUGUGUCUGCAGAGCUGCACUGCUUCAUUUGGACCUAGGACACAUUGCUGCUGCUUAAGCGGAAACCACACGUAAUGCACUCCCGAUGUAUUGUCGGGCCAGUGUUGAGUCAUUGGGAUAUUGACGUGUGACAACAGAACUGUUGUGCCAGCAGCAGUGUACGUUAAGCUGGCUAAAAAUAAUAACCCGUGGCAUGCAGUACAAUCUUGAUAACCGAGCGGUUAUCUCACAACGUGCAGUAGCCAUCCUGACCCAAACGCACGUCGCAUCGUAGAAGCGCCUGGAACAUGCUUUGUGCAGUCGCCGUUUUACGUUUGCGAUUAUCGGAGAGACUUGGUAAUUAGUCACAAGCGUGCUACGUUCUCUGUAGCCUCGUCUUUUGCCGUGAGGUGGCUCAGAUAUUGGAACUUCACGUGAAUGUAUUUGUCAGCGUGGUUGCCACGGUACCUUGCACUGAAGAAUACCACAAGAUUUUAAGACCUUGGUAUGGCCUGGUGCCAUGAAGGGGGGUACCACGUCUUGAGUGUGAACUAGGUUCUAAAUUUCUGGCAGUCGCACUCUUCUUUCUUGCCUUCUCUCCGUGAACUGUGUUGUGGGCACAAAACACGAAGACUGUCUUCCAGUCGAUCAUUAAGAAAAAUAAAACAAUGUCUUUAGGAGCAAAGCUUUAGCAGAGAGUUUAGAGAGAACAGCAAAGCAGCUUGUCGUAGAAGCUCGUGUAGUGAAUGGAGAGGUUCUGUGUCUAGAGACUUUGGUUCAUAUGGAAGAAACUAUGUUUAUGCUGCUGUGAACUUGAGCUUGAUUGGAAUAAUUUGUUGUCUUUUGUGUGUUGUUUGAUCCUUUAUGCUAUGUACCCAGAGCUUUUGUCAUGUCCAUUUACCUCGAGAAAGAACUAUAUAAAGCGCCUGUGAUGCACAGAUGUGAGUGUAUGUAUGUUAGAGUUGUUAAUGGAUUCCUCAGUGGUUAUUUCCUGUUUUUAUUAUAUAUUAUAUAUAAAUAUAUCACAAAUUUCUUUAAUCAAGACAGCCUUCAUUUUGACACCGUCUGUUCAGUGUCGUUUUCAUCCUAUGUCACAUAGUCAGCUGAAUAAAGCUUUCUUUUUUUUUAUCACGUAUGGCACAUGUUAUAAUCCUAGCACUACCAAGGGCCUAGCCGCAUAGCUUGCAGGAAACUAACACUGAAGCACACCUGAAUCGAUUUUGCUGCAUAUCGCAUCUGUUGAGCUUGAAAGCACCCACAAGUGAAACUAUUUUGGGGAACUCUGGUUUCUUAGCGAUGCAACAGGCUUUAUACAUCUUGGAAACUGAACUGUAAAGAUUCUUAUUUGGUUUGUUUGUUUGUUUUUUUUUUCACUUAUGUCCUAAAGAAACCCUGUUAAGAUAAACGUGUGGAAUGUGUCUGGUGUUAAAGAAAAUCACCCAGCAUAUGUUUUUCUGGCUAGAGUGUUCAGCUGUCAAACGCUACCCGUAGCAUACCUUCAUAACCUUCCCCCUUCUCAGUGUUGCAAGAUUGGAAGCUGUGCCAAUCUAGAGCGAUUCUCCAGCCAACGCAGCUGUCAGAAUUGCUUUCAAGAUUGUAUGUCGUAACGUCCUAUCUCAGAGAUUAUAGUUUAGCCAUGGCCAAAUGAUCAUGGGGUGCUUGUUUUGGAUGCUGGCCGGAGGCACUGCCCAGUUUUGAAGUCUCAAGAAAUCUGACCUCAGCCAUAGCAUUUGUUGCUGUGUUAGUGCAAACACAGAAAGUAGUAAGGGUGAGAGAGAGUGCAUUUUCAGAACUGUUUAGGCUGCACACUUAUAGUGCAGGGGUUUAACUUGGCUAAAGUGCUGAAUUCGUUUGUUUAAUACACUUUGUUCAAAGGUUAAAGAAAGCUUUUCUUUCUCUGUGCAUAUAGCAUGUUUGUACGGUACCAAAUUGAUGUCAAUUUUCUUACAGCUUGUGGAAAGCUUAACACGAGAUGCUCUGCUCAGGAGAAAUAACUUUUGUUAAUAUAAUGUAUUAACACUUGCAGCCGACUACACUAGCAUUUUUCGUAUCAGUGUUUGGUAUGCUAAAUCACUAAGCAUGUAAGCCGCUGGUGAAGGAGAAAUCAAUCAAUGCAUUAGCAAAAAGGACAGGUUUGCAGGCAUUGAAGGGGUCAAUGGUAUGUGAUGACAGAGUGGUUUUUAUCAUUCCAUCUUCUACUGCGCUGCAAAGCUUUUAUGGAUGUCGAUAUCUGCUCAGGUUGGUGUGUUGUGCCAACCUGACAGGCUCAUUUUUGUUGCAAUUGUAGUAAUUGAAUUUCUUUACCCGUAUGAAGUUAGAUGCAUCUACUGCAGUGGCCUACCUGCACAAAUGUUUCAGUGCUUGCAUUGGCCUACAUUGUACCGAAAUCUGUGUUUGAAAUGACUUGGCUAGAAGAGGUAGCCAGGCCAGCUUCUGCCUAAAAUGACUGAGGAGAAUGGACGUGGAAAGAUCUGUUUGAAACGUAAACGAGUGCGCUUUUCUUCUUUUUUUCGUGUCGCGUUACAGUGACAUUUGUGUCGAGAGGAGACUCCUUGCAGUGUGAGAACGUGGUUGUGGUAUUAUCAGCCAUCCUGCAGUGCAGGUUACUCGUUUCUCUGUCUAGAGGACAUACAGAUUGUUGUUGAUUGUUGUCUGCACGGCGUGAGAGGAGAAAACUGCCAAGUUUAAAAGGUCUGGCUUUGGGCCAUGAUAUAAAUAACGCACCUGUGUGAAGGGUUGAUCAAUGCAGCUUUUGCUUCAUAAUUUGCAAAAAAGCGGGGCUCAUGGUGUGACAGUUUGUGCAUGAACUUAAAUAUUUGCUGAUGGCAGUGUAUGUCUCUUCAAGGUAUACUUGUUCAAAAUGACUACAUGGUACCUUCCAUCGGAUGUUAAAUGCUUAGUGUCGAUCUGCAAGCGCUAAUGCCUUGAAACGUGGCACCUUCUCUUAGCAUUCAUGUAUAUUGCCUGUACAUUUAAAUGUUCUAAACAGAUAUCAAGUUGAAGCCUGUAUACUGCGGAAAGUCUAGGCUUGGCUUGUUUUUGCUUCGCUUAGUCGGUUCAUCCUCGUAGUGUCUGUGGGGUCUUUCUUCAUUUGUAAUAUAUGCUUGGCCACAAAAUAUUUUACUUUGGCGUACAUUUAAAGAGUUGAUAACGCACCAUGUAAAUAUAUAUGCUGCGAGAUUCGCAAUACUACUGUUUUUUUUUCUUCCCAAUUCAAAGAAGCUGCAAAAUCUUCAAGCAUGAAUUUCAUCAUAGGAAGCCAGUGAAGCGUAGAACUAUAUGUAAUACAAUCCAAGAAUAAAAAACAGCUCUGGAGGUGUUCGCUUGAGGCUGCUCGCCUUGGCUAUGCCUCAAGAAGCAACAAUUUCUAUGAGUAUUGGCCAAACGCCAACAUAGCUUGAAUAGCUGUGAAAUAUCAGCAAGCGUCACAUGACAAUUAAUCUCUAACAAAAAGGUUAACUGCCUACCUUUAAUGCAUCUGCUCUAUACUGGUAGGAAAAUUGUGUUUAAGCAUUCCUGCUUGAUUUGUAGGUUUGUAACGUUUGACUGGAUGUGUAUAUGCUGCUGUUAGACAUUGUGCAAUGAAUGUAACAAUGUUUAUAAAUGGGAUCAUUACAGGUGGCCCUAUAAAAGAGUGUCCCUGUUUGCCUGUCUGCUGAUUCUUGCAUGCCUCACGCUUCGCUGGUGUGGGACGUGAGGCAAUGAACCACAUUACAUGCAUGUCAUAAACCUAUUCGCUUUUGAAACAUACUGAAGCCAGUUUGGCUGUCGUGGACGUAAUUUGCCAGAGGUGCUGGAUUUUCUUCUUUGCACACCUGGUGGCUACAAAUAGAUGCAGUGACUUUGCACGACCUUUGUACAUAAACAAAAGUUUAUGAGUUAUUGUUCAUGUAAGGAUUUGAAAUAAAAUGGGCAAUAAGUUG